AUGUCAAGCACCUCCCAAAGAGUCCGGCAAAUUGUCGCCGAUGACUUGAACCUUGACCAAGACAGCAUCGACGAUAAUGCUGAUUUUGUCAAUGAUUAUCGCGCUACCAAGCGUGAUAUGGAUCAGAUAUGCGAAGAUCUGGAGCAGGAAUUCACUAUCAAUAUCCCCCAGGAGGACGAGCGGUAUAUUUCCAGUGUGCAUUCAACCGUCGGCUAUAUCGAUGAUCAUCAUGGUAUGGGCCAUUGA